AUGGCAUCGAAGUCGCUCGAGGAGGAGAUUGCCGAGCUACGACAAGCCAAUGACGAGCUCUACAGAGAGCAUGCGAAUGAGAAGGCGCAGAUGCAGGCAGCUGUGGAGCAGGAGCGACUGCGAACUACUGAACUAACUCAAACAAUUGAGGCCAUAACGGAGGAGAAUGGUCAGUGGCGUGAAAGUUACGCAGCCUUGGAUGAGGCGAAGAGAUACGCAGAGGAGCAGAUCGAGGAGACAAGACGAUAUGCGGAGGAGCAAUUCGCCGCUGAGAAGGCUGAUCUGGAGGAGCAGAUAGCUCAGCUGGAAGAAAGCGUUAACACCUGCAAGGCACAGAUGGUGGGUGAUCAAGCAGAGCUGGAGCGGCUUCGUGACUCGGACGCAUCACAUGAGCAGCAGGAAGCAGAGCUCCAGCGACAGCUUGAUGAACGUGACGAUCGCUUCGCUCAGCUCAGUGCUGAGUACGACACGCUUCGAGUACAGUAUGAUCAGCUCCAGCAGGCUCAGUACGACGCUCAGAAGGCUCACGAAGAUGAACUUGCUGCUAAGCAGCAGUAUCUCACCAAUACUAGAAGCAAAAUGGAGGAAUUACAGACACAGGUUGCAAGCUUGCAAAACCAGUUGAAAGCAGCAUCGGCGAAUGAGGACGUGCGCGAAGCAAACCAAAGCGCAUUGCUACGUCGAGCUGAACAGCAAAUUCAAGAGACUCAGGAGCAACUUGAUGAGACUACGGCACGCGUGAAAGGACUAGAGGAUGAACUGGCACUGCUAUCGCUCACAGGUCCCAAUGGCAACAAUUAUGCUGCACGAAUCCGAGGACUUCAACAGGAGGUUUUCAUCAAGUCGGAGCAGCUUGUGCAGCAAGGUGAAAAGCAUCUUCGCGUGGCGGGACUAUUUGAUAAGACUAAAGCCGAGCUGGCACAACUUCGAGAGGAAGUUGGCAAUAUCCGUCGCGUUCUACUUCGUGGAAUUGGCCUUGAGCCCACGCUCACUAGUCAAGACACAUGCGAGUAUGACUCACUUUACCAACACGUGAAGCUUGAAGAGCUGGUGCGCCUGCGUCUGAAGGCGUUGGAGCAUGAGUGGCAGCUUGCUGGAGGCUCUUCAUCUACGCUAGAACCCGCGACAGAUGAAGUCCAAGACAGCACAGAGCCAUCCUCUUGUCACUUACCUAACGUCGAGAGCUUUUCAGCCUUAGACGCACUGGGCCUUGGCGGUGUUGGACGAUUGGAACGUGAAAUGCGAGUGCUUCGAAGUCGAAAUAAGCGGCUCAUUGAGCGCACUGAACGACUCGAGAGCGAGCUGGACACUGCUCAAGCUGGACUCCGCGACCUGCAAAGCAUGCGCGAAAAAGUGGUCGAGAUGGUGGGUCGUGAACGCGUCGAGAAGGAGCUGCGUGGCAAGAGCGAGCAAGUCAAUAAAGAGCUGGGUGAGAAAGUUGCAGCUCUCUCAGAGCAUGUAGAGAAACUUAUGGUGCACUUGAAGCAUGAAGCUGCAGCUAAGACCCGCGCAGUGGAGGCCCAACGUCGUGUGGAUAAGGAGCUGCUCGAAACGAAGGACAAAUUGGCCUCUGCGACUCGAAAGAAUGCUGCGCAGGACGCAAAAGUGGCUGAGUUGGAACAAGGUGCACGCAUACUGGAGGACCAGCUUCGCCUCAUGGACGAGAAGUUCAUUGACGUGCGCAAUAAACUGGACUGGACGCGCUCAUCUGCGCGCAAGGAGAACAAACAGCUCACGGUUGAACUCCGUUCGCUGCGCAUGAAAUGGCAAAUGGCGAGCGAUGCUGGGGCCCUCGAUGGGUUGCCAGACUGGGCGUCUCCAGCAUCCGAGCCAAAAUUCUCAAAGAAAUUGCCAUUAGGAACGAGCAGCUCGGACUCGCGACUACCUACGCCCAAAGCAUCCAACAACGGCCUCACUCCGGUAGUCGCAGCUGUGGUGCAGGACGCUUUGGCAAUCGGCAACGGUGCACGCGUCAAAUUCGACAUCCCUAAACUGCCUCAACCGGAGUCCGAUGCAGGUACACCCUGGUCGGACGCCAAGCUGUCGGUGUUGCAGCGGCAAUUCCGCAGAGCAUAG